AUUUUCUUGUGAACCUCCAUUAAGACAUAUGAGAGGAGCAAGAAUAAGGUCAUUUUUUGGUUGAUGGGUUCUGCCUUUUCUGGUUCUAAUGGCUGUUAUUUAAUGGCUUCUGCCUUUUCAGAGGAAACUUAUUGACUCGAAAGAGACUAGGUGACCGUGCAAAGCUUCAGUGCAGUAAUUGUCGUUGAGUGAGUAGUUGGUUUAUAAUAAAAAUCUUGAUCUGGAAGUGAAACUCUUUGCAACAGUCCUCAACCAUUUCAAAGAUGGUUUGUUUUGUGCCCAAGGACCUUCAGGAAAUAGAGGUGGCAAAGGAGAAGAUUUCUGGUGGCGAUUACUUGGGUGCCAGAAAGAUGUUAUUACAAGUAAAACGUGAUUUUCCAGCGGUUGAUAACAUCGCUGGCAUGAUGGCUGUUUGUGACAUCUUAUUUUCUGCUGCUCUCAAAUUCAUGGAUUUUGAUUUCUACUUUGUCCUUCAAAUCCCCCCUGAAGCCACUAGUUCUGAGAUAAAAUCUAUAUACAACAAGUUUACUACUCUGCUAGAACCCAUUCUAAACAACUUUCUUGGUGCUGCAUCAGCCUUGAGAAUCGUCCAAGAUGCAUUUUCAGUGCUCUUACAUCAAGAGACGUGCAAAAUGUUUGAUAUUAAGAGAGCUAGAAAUCAGGAGUCCUGUGAAUCCAGGAUCUCCAAUGAAAACAAUGUUAUGGAUUCCCAGCUGGCAACAGAAAUUUUGAUUCAAAGACAUGAGAAUUCCCGGAGUUCUAAAAGGUGGAGAAUGGGUUCGUACAAGACUGGGGAUGGCUAUGGAAACAUAUAUGAUAGCAAUUCAAUGGAGAUUGUGUCAAAGAUAAUUACGGAUGCAGAAGUCUCCACUUACCUUGGAGAAAGGCAGGUCCAUGAUUCUAAAUUACCUACUCAAUCAGUCAUUUUGAAGGCUCAAUUUGUUGGUGAACAGAAAAAGGAGAUCUAUGAUCAAGAAGCAAGCUGUACUGCUUGUGCUAUGAGUAGUAUUGACACAAUGGCUGGGAAACCUCAUGACAAGUUUUCCCCCUCAAAUGUUUCUCUCUGAUCCUAGCAAGAAGUCAUCCCGUCUUGAGAAUUGCAAUCAAGACUAUUACACCUUUGAUAAUACUGGAAAGGCAGAACUAUAUUCAGUUGGUCAGGUUUGGGUUACUUACGAUGAAGAAGGCAUGCCUGGAAGAUAUGCACAGAUUAUUUGCAUAGAUGAAUUCCCAUUCAGAUUGCACGUCAGCUGGUUCAAACCUGUUCCAGUUACAGCCCAUGAGAGAAAAUGGUAUGAAUUAAAGAUGCCUGUUCUAUGUGGCUGAUUCAAUUUGGAUAGGAACGAAAGAACAGCGGUUGAGCCAACAUUGUUCUCCCACUUGAUAUCUAUGCAUGCAAGUGAACAAAUUGAAAUUUACCCCCAGACUGGUGAGGUUUGGGCAAUAUACAGAGACUGGAGGCUAUUGGAGUGGCUCUCAAAUCCCAGAGCUAGGAAGGAAUGCAGACUGGAAA